AGCAAAGCGCGCUUAAAUACUAGCCAAUCGCACAGAUUGUCGAGUUGUAAAACGUAUUUGCCGAUAAACCCGGAAAGUGUGCUUAGGAAAUAAUGGAAAAUGUAAACGGAGAUUUUCCAAUGAGAUCUAGAAGCGCUCGCGCUGGUCUCAUCCGUUCAUGUUCUACAGAAAAUGUCCCAAAUAUUAAUGUGAACGAGCAGCAGGCAACCUCAGUAAAAUUUACUUUCAAAAGCAGACCGAACCAACCCAUCACCCCUGUGGAGAACAUAAAAGAAAUACAGCAAAAGCUGAAGGAGGAGCGUGAGGCAAAGCGAGCUCAGUUAGACAGCAGACAUGACUAUGUGCUGGGGAUUGUGGCCUCCUGUGUGGGACUGGAAAAGGGGGAGAUUGAAGAUGCCAUUCUGGAGGGCACACAGAUUGAGCGUAUGGACCAUUUCUUUGAUGCUGGGGGGCUUCCUCAUAUUAUGUUCUACUACCAGGAUGUGGAACCAACAGAAUCAGCACAUCCAGGUCCUUCACCUGCAGGGACAGCCCCAGCUACAGGAAGAAGUAAAAAGCCCAAAGUUUUUGUGACAGAAGGGAGAGAUGUGGCUCUGAAUGGGAUGUGUGUUUUCUUCACAAGGGCUAAUGUCUCUAAAGAUAUCACCACAGAGAAUGUGCACAGGGAAGUGAACUUUAAUGUUUUGGACACAUCUGAAGUUGGAGUGCUAAAGAGUGUGGAGCACCUUCUGUCUCAUAUCUUUAUUCCAACUCUGAAGAAGAUGAACCAUGGCUGGGGAGAGCUUUCUAGCCCACAGGCAACAGCUGUGAGACGAGACUUCCUCAGCUCCCUCGACAGCUUUGUGGCUGUGCUCGGUGGUGCCCAGGAGAGCUUAAUGGAAAAGGUGAACCUUAAAGAGUGCGAGACCUAUGAUUUAAAAACUCUCAAAGGCCCAUCGGACUAUAUAGCUGUAGCCAAUAGUACAGAGGCCCUGGAGAAGAUAGAAGCCUGCAUGAAAGUGUGGGUCAAACAAAUCGAGCAGGUUCUAGCAGAGAGUGACCAGUUGAGGAAGGAAGCGGACGACCUCGGACCCCGCGCUGAGCUGGAUCACUGGAAGAAACGCAUGUCCAGGUUUAACUACUUGCUGGACCAGCUGAAGACCCCGGACGUUAAGGCUGUACUAGGAGUGCUCACUGCAGCAAAGUCAAAGCUAAUCAAGACCUGGCGAGAGCUGGACACCCGUAUCACUGACUCUGCCAAUGAAGCCAAAGACAACGUAAAGUACCUUUACACUCUGGAGAAAUUCUGCGAUCCUUUGUACAACAGUGACCCGGUUUCCAUGGUAGAUGCUAUUCCUGGGCUUAUAAAUGCUAUUCGAAUGAUUCACAGUAUUUCACGCUACUACAACACCUCAGAGAAGAUUACAUCUUUGUUUGUGAAAGUAACAAACCAAAUGAUAACAGCCUGCAAGGCUUACAUUUCCAACCAUGGAGCUGUUACCAUAUGGGACCAGCCACAAACCGUUGUAGCUGAUAAACUGAAGGCUGCUAUUCGGUUAAAUGAGGAGUAUCAGCGAUGCUUCCAUAAGACCAAACAGAAACUGGAGCAGAAUGCCUCCGAGAGGCAGUUUGAUUUCAGCGAGAUGUACAUCUUUGGGAAAUUUGACACCUUUCAGCGACGCCUCACCAAAAUCCUCAACAUGUUUAACACCAUAACAACAUACUCUGCCCUCGAGGAUUCCAAGAUUGAGGGCUUGGAAGUCAUGGCAACCACGUUUCAGACCAUUGUGUUAUCUAUGAAGAAAAAACAAUAUAAUUUUCUGGAUCAGAGAAAGACUGAUUUUGAUCAGGAUUAUGAUGAGUUUUGCAAACAUACAGAUGAUCUCCACAAUCAGUUGAAGACUUUUAUGGAUAUUACCUUUGACAACAUUCAGAACACAGAAAGAGCCUUGAAUGUACUUAAGAAAUUUGAACGAUUGGGAAUACCUGACUUGGGCAUUGAUGAUAAAUACCAGAAAAUUCUACAGAACUAUGGCCAUGACAUUGAAGCGGUCUCCAAGAUAUACACCAAGCAGAAGAACGAGCCUCCCAUUGGCCGGAACUUGCCUCCUACCACAGGGAAGAUCCUGUGGGCUCGCCAACUGUUCCAACGGAUACAGCAGCCCAUGGAUCUCUUCCAGCAACAUCCUAACAUCCUGCAGACGGCAGAAGCCAAGCGCAUUAUCCGCAACUACAAUAAGGUAGCCAAGGUGCUGCUGGAGUUUGAGGUGCUCUACCACAGAGGAUGGCUCAAACAGGUUGAGAUGGCAAAAGCAGGGCUGCAGGCAUCUCUACUGGUGAAGGCUCCUGAAUCCGGUGAACUGUUUGUGAACUUCGACCCUCAGAUACUGACUUUAAUGCGGGAGACAGAGUGCAUGGCCAGAAUGGGACUGGAAAUUCCUCCAUUUGCUAGGGCACUUCAACAGAAACAGGACAUUUUUAAGAAGAACUAUAAUAAGUUGCAGAUGAUUUUGACAGAGAACACACGAGUGAGAUCAAAAAUCCAAAGUGUCUUUGAGCAGCUCAUGGUGCCUCAUUUAGCGAAAGUGGUUGAUGCCAUACAGCCGGGUUUAACCUCACUAAACUGGACUUCCUUGAACAUAGAGAAAUAUUUAAAUAGAAUUUCGAAAGCUCUGGCUGAGCUGGAGCUUCUGACGGACCGUGUGAAUGAUCUGGUGGAGUUCCGGAUUGAUGCAGUGCUGCAGGAGAUGAGCUCAAGAGCACUGUGUAAACUACCAGAGGAUGACCCAGUCACAUGUGAUGAGUUUGUGCAGAUGACCAAGGAACUCUGCAUCAAGGGUGCUCAGUCUUUGCAUUCUAAAAGCUCAUUGGUUGAAGAAGCAGCAAAUGAGCUGAUCAAUAUGUUGCUGGAUUUGGAACCGCAGAACAAAGAGGAUGAGGGGAAGUCCAAAGAAGAGAAUAGGAGUCAAAGUAAAAGUGAAAAAGAGGAGAGUGAAGAGGAAGAAGAUGGAAAGUCUGAAAGUAGGCUUUUCUCUCGCAACACCAACACCGAUCCCGCCUCUCCAUUGGUGAAGAAAAAAAAAAAGAAAGACAUGAUAGAGAUCCUGGAGGAAGAGGCACUGGAGCUGCUCUCCCACUUCAACCAUCGCAACGUGGACGCACUGCUAAGGGUCACACGCAACACCCUGGAGACCAUCCGCAAGCGCAUCCACUCCUCCUCUGUCAUCCACUUUCUGGCGGAGAGCAAUUCUGCAAGUAGUCAGAAAACCGUCGUGCAGCCCAUCUUCAGGACGAACAUCAACCUGUCCAUCCCCAACGUCAGCAUGGUGCCUUCGCUGGACGAAGUGCAGCAGGGCCUGAACAGAGCAGUGGAGUGCAUUGUCUGCGUCACCAAGGGAGUUGGGCAGUGGAGCAAAGAAAGGAUAUCCAAGAGGAAGAUGAAUGAAAGGAAAAUUGCAGCUCUGAGACGUAACAGCAGGGAUACUGACUCUGAUGAUGGGGAAACUACAUUCAGAAGUAUCCACGAUGGCAGUAUGUCUGACAUCUCUGCCUCUGUAAACCUGGUGGUCCCCUUUCAGUCCAGGAACUACUACAAGAGUGUGUCUGAAAACAAGGAAAUUGUGAAAUUGGUGUCUGUAUUGAGCACUGCCAUUAAUUCCACCAAAAGGGAGGUUCUUACAGCUCUAGAACAUUUCAAGUCUUAUCACCACAUCUGGCGGAAGGAGAGAGAAGAAACCAUUCAGAAGUUUAUAAUGGAGAGGCCCCUGCUGUCUGAAUUUGAGUCCCAGAUUAUUUACUAUAGGGAUCUAGAACUAGAAAUCAAUGCUGAACCUGAAUUCAUCACUGUUGGAGCCCUGGCUCUUUAUACAGCUGACUUGAAGAUGGCUCUGACUGCAGAGACGAAGGCCUGGAUGGUAGACUUUGGGCGUCACUGCAAUAAAAAGUACAGGACAGAGAUGGAGAACAUCUUCACCUUUGUGGAAGAAGCCAGCAAGAAGAUGAACCGUCCAAUUAAGGACUUGGAUGACAUCCGAAUAGCCAUGGCUUCACUGAAAGAAAUAAGGGAGCAACAAAUUGCUAUUGAUUUUCAAGUUGGCCCUAUAGAGGAAUCCUAUGCAAUGCUAAAUAAGUAUGACCUCCUUGUGGCAAAAGAGGAGACAGAGAAGGUUGACACCAUGCGAUACACCUGGGAGAAGCUGCUGGUGAGGGGGAGUGAGGUACAGAACGAACUGGUGUCCCUGCAGCCCAAUUUCAGAGGAGAUCUCAUCAGCAAUGUGCAGACCUUUGUGGAAGACUGUGAUCACUUUUACAAGGACUAUGAUGAGGAUGGUCCAAUGGUUGUUGAUUUGGCACCUCAAGAUGCCAGCGACCGACUCAUAAUGUUUCAGAAUCGCUUUGACAACUUGUAUCGCAAAUACAUCACAUACACUGGUGGUGAGGAACUGUUUGGCCUUCCUGUUACCCAGUACCCUCAGCUGCUGGAAAUCAAGAAACAGCUGACCCUCCUCCAGAAACUGUACGGCCUUUACAAUAAUGUAAUCGACACUGUCAAUGGCUACUACGACAUCCUCUGGUCCGAUGUCAACAUUGAAAAAAUCAACAAUGAGCUUUUAGAUUUUCAGACUCGAUGUCGCAAGCUUCCCCGUGCCUUAAAAGAAUGGCAAGCUUUCCUCGACCUGAAGAAAACCAUUGAUGACUUCAAUGAGUGCUGCCCUCUACUGGAGCUGAUGACCAACAAGGCCAUGAUGGCUCGCCAUUGGAAGAGGAUAACAGAAGUAACAGGACACAGCUUUGAUGUUGAAAGCGAUACCUUCAAACUCAGAAACAUAAUGGAAGCACCCCUUCUGAAAUGCAAAGAGGAAAUAGAGGACAUCUGUAUCAGCGCAGUCAAGGAACGGGAUAUUGAACAGAAGCUGAAGCAGGUGAUAGCAGAAUGGGAUAACAAGACAUUUACAUUUGCAAACUUCAAAACUCGCGGCGAGCUGCUUUUAAGAGGAGACAGCACCUCCGAAAUCAUUGCCAACAUGGAGGACAGCUUAAUGAUCUUAGGAUCACUUAUGAGUAACAGAUACAACACUCCAUUUAAGACACAAAUUCAGAAAUGGGUGCAAAACCUUUCAAAUACCACUGAUAUUAUAGAAAACUGGAUGACUGUUCAAAACCUGUGGAUUUACUUGGAGGCGGUGUUCGUUGGAGGAGACAUUGCUAAGCAACUUCCAAAAGAAGCUAAGCGUUUCUCCAACAUUGACAAGUCCUGGGUGAAGAUCAUGACCCGAGCUCAUGAGAUGCCCAAUGUUGUGCAGUGUUGUGUGGGAGAUGAAACCAUGGGCCAGCUACUGCCUCACCUACUGGAACAGUUGGAAAUCUGUCAGAAGUCUCUUACAGGCUAUCUUGAAAAGAAGCGUCUGCUGUUCCCUCGGUUCUUCUUCGUUUCUGAUCCUGCACUUCUGGAGAUUCUGGGUCAGGCAUCCGACUCUCAUACCAUCCAGGCUCAUCUACUGAAUGUCUUUGAUAAUAUUAAAACAGUUCGAUUCCAUGAUAAGGUGUAUGAUCGAAUCCUCUCUAUAUGUUCCCGUGAGGGGGAGACUGUUGAACUUGACAAGCCAGUGAUGGCUGAGGGCAAUGUGGAGGUGUGGCUGAACGCUCUGCUGAAGGAAUCCCAGAGAUCAUUACACCUUGUUAUUCGCCAGGCAGCAUUGGGCAUUCAGGAUUCCAGUUUUCAACUCAUAGAAUUCCUUAACUUCUUCCCAGCACAGGUUGGUUUACUUGGAAUUCAAAUGAUUUGGACCAGAGAUUCAGAAGAAGCUUUAACAAAUGCCAGGUAUGACCGGAAGAUCAUGCCAAAGACAAACCAGUCAUUCUUAGACCUGCUAACCACCCUGAUUGAUAUGACAACAAAGGACCUCAGCGUGAUGGAGCGCAUUAAAUAUGAGACUCUGAUCACCAUUCACGUACACCAGAGGGAUAUCUUUGAUGACCUGUGCCGCUUGCACAUCAAAAACCCGAGUGAUUUUGAAUGGCUGAAACAGUGCCGCUUUUAUUUCAACGAGGACUCUGACAAGAUGCUCGUUAAUAUCACUGAUGUUGGGUUUAUCUACCAGAACGAGUUCUUGGGUUGUACCGACAGGCUAGUCAUCACUCCUCUCACUGACAGGUGCUACAUCACAUUGGCUCAGGCGCUGGGAAUGAGUAUGGGAGGAGCACCAGCUGGGCCUGCUGGAACAGGGAAGACUGAAACCACCAAAGACAUGGGCAGGUGUCUGGGCAAAUACGUUGUGGUCUUUAACUGCUCUGACCAGAUGGACUUCCGUGGCCUUGGACGCAUUUUUAAAGGUCUUGCUCAGUCGGGAUCAUGGGGCUGCUUUGAUGAGUUUAAUCGUAUUGACCUGCCAGUGUUAUCAGUAGCUGCCCAGCAGAUUGCUAUUGUUCUGUCCUGCAAGAAGGAGCGCAAGAAGAACUUCAUUUUCACUGAUGGUGAUAAUGUGGAAAUGAACCCAGAGUUUGGAAUAUUCUUGACCAUGAACCCAGGCUAUGCUGGUCGUCAAGAGCUUCCAGAGAACCUGAAGAUCAACUUCCGUACUGUAGCCAUGAUGGUUCCAGACCGACAGAUCAUUAUUAGAGUCAAGUUGGCCAGCUGUGGGUUUAACGACAACAUUCUGCUUGCCAGGAAGUUCUUCACCCUCUACAAACUGUGUGAGGAACAGCUUUCCAAACAGGUGCACUAUGAUUUUGGUCUCCGAAACAUUUUGUCAGUCUUGCGUACACUUGGAGCAGCAAAGAGAGCCAGUCCCAGCGACACAGAGUCCACCAUCGUCAUGCGUGUCCUGCGUGACAUGAAUCUGUCUAAACUGAUUGAUGAAGACGAGCCACUCUUCUUGAGUCUAAUUGAAGAUCUCUUCCCUGGCAUUCAACUAGACAAAGCAGGGUACCCUGACUUGGAAGCUGCAAUUGACAAACAGGUAGCAGAAGCUGGUCUUGUUAGCCAUCCUCCCUGGAAACUGAAAGUAAUCCAGUUGUUUGAGACUCAAAGAGUACGCCAUGGAAUGAUGGCACUGGGGCCCAGUGGUGCUGGAAAAACUACUUGUAUCCACACCUUAAUGAAGGCUAUGACUGACUGCGGGCAGCCCCACCGGGAGAUGAGGAUGAACCCCAAGGCCAUCACUGCACCCCAGAUGUUUGGUCGUCUUGAUGUGGCCACCAAUGAUUGGACUGAUGGAAUCUUCUCAACCUUGUGGAGGAAAACUCUGAGGGCCAAGAAAGGAGAGCACAUGUGGAUUGUCUUAGAUGGGCCAGUUGAUGCAAUCUGGAUUGAAAACCUGAACUCUGUGUUAGAUGACAACAAGACCCUCACCUUGGCUAACGGAGAUCGCAUCCCUAUGGCUCCCAAUUGCAAGGUUGUCUUUGAGCCACACAAUAUUGACAAUGCCUCCCCAGCCACUGUGUCCCGGAACGGCAUGGUUUUUAUGAGCUCAUCGGUUCUGAACUGGAGCCCCAUUCUUGAGGGCUGGCUAAAGAAGCGUUCUUUGCAGGAGGGGGAAAUAUUGAAGAAUCUCUACUCAUCAUCUUUCCCAGCUCUGUAUCGAUUCAGUGUGCAGACCCUGGAGUACAAGAUGGAGAUGCUGGAGGCCUUUGUAAUCAUGCAGAGCAUAAACAUGCUGCAGGGCCUCAUCCCUCCCAAGGAACAAGGUGGAGAGGUGACUCGGGAGCACUUGGAGAGACUCUAUGUGUUCUCCCUCAUGUGGAGUGUCGGUGCUGUUUUAGAGCUAGAAGACAGAAGGAAACUGGAGAAUUGGCUCCGGGACCACGAGACCAUCCAACUCGAUCUGCCCAACAUCCCAGUCGGCAGCGAGGACACAAUGUUUGACUACCAUGUCACAUCUGAUGGUAAAUGGGUUCAUUGGAAUACACAGGUGGAGGAGUAUAUAUACCCACCUGACAUCACUCCUGAAUAUGGGUCCAUACUUGUGCCGAAUGUAGACAAUGUCAGGACUGACUUCCUUAUACAGACAAUUGCUAAACAGGGCAAGGCUGUUCUGUUGAUCGGAGAGCAGGGUACGGCCAAGACAGUCAUCAUUAAAGGAUAUAUGUCAAAGUAUGAUCCUGAAUCCCACAUGGCGAAAAGUCUCAAUUUCUCUUCCGCCACCACGCCUUUGAUGUUCCAGCGUACUAUUGAGAGCUAUGUGGACAAACGAAUGGGUGCAACCUAUGGACCUCCAGCUGGAAAGAAGAUGUCUGUUUUUGUUGAUGAUAUCAACAUGCCCGUCAUCAAUGAAUGGGGAGAUCAGGUCACCAAUGAGAUAGUCCGCCAGCUGAUGGAACAGAAUGGAUUUUAUAACCUGGAGAAGCCGGGGGAGUUCACGAACAUCAUUGAUAUUCAGUUUCUGGCAGCCAUGAUCCAUCCCGGUGGAGGAAGGAAUGACAUUCCUCAAAGACUGAAGAGGCACUUCUCCAUCUUCAACUGCACCCUGCCCUCCAACUCCUCCAUUGAUAAGAUUUUUGGGGUGAUUGGAAUAGGACAUUACUGUGCACAGCGGGGGUUCUCAGAAGAUGUAAGAAGCACUGUAGCCAAGCUCGUGUCUCUGACCCGAAGGCUGUGGCAGAUGACCAAAAUCAAAAUGCUCCCCACUCCAGCCAAGUUCCACUACAUCUUCAACCUGAGAGACCUGUCCAGGAUCUGGCAGGGAAUGCUAAAUACCAUCUCUGAAGUCAUUGUUGGGUCAGAUGUGGUUCUUCAGCUCUGGAAACAUGAAUGCAAGAGAGUUAUAGCUGACCGCUUCACCAACUCGGAGGAUGUGGCCUGGUUUGACAGGGCUGUGGCUAAACUUGUGGAGGAGGAGCUGGGGGAGGGGGCCAAAGCCACUGUGGACUUUGGAGUUGAAGCCCACUUUGUUGACUUCCUGAGGGAUGCUCCUGAGGCGACAGGAGAGGAGCCAGAAGAUGCUGACUUUGAUAUGCCCAAGGUGUAUGAGCCUAUUGAGUCAUUUGAAAGUCUGAAGGAUCGUUUGAACAUGUUUCUGGCUCAAUAUAAUGAGAGCAUCCGGGGAGCUGGCAUGGACAUGGUCUUCUUCCGGGACGCCAUGAUUCAUUUAGUCAAGAUUUCUCGAAUAAUCUGCACACCACGAGGAAAUGCCCUUCUGGUUGGAGUUGGUGGCUCUGGUAAACAGAGCCUGACAAGACUGGCUUCUUAUAUUGCUGGCUACAGAACAUUCCAGAUCACUUUAACAAGAUCAUACAAUGCCUCAAACCUGAUGGAAGACUUGAAAGUGCUUUAUAGGACUGCGGGUCAACAAGGCAAAGGCAUCAGCUUCAUCUUUACCGACAAUGAGAUCAAAGAUGAAUCCUUCUUAGAGUACAUGAAUAAUGUUCUGUCAUCAGGAGAGGUCUCUAACCUGUUUGCCCGUGAUGAAAUUGAUGAGAUCACCGGAGAUCUGAUACCAGUAAUGAAGAAGGAGUUUCCACGACGACCACCGACUAAUGAGAAUUUGUAUGACUACUUCAUGAGCCGGGUCCGACAGAACCUUCAUGUGGUGCUCUGCUUUUCACCCGUGGGGGAGAAGUUCCGUAAUCGGGCCUUAAAAUUCCCGGCACUCAUUUCCGGCUGCACUAUGGACUGGUUUAGCCGGUGGCCUAAGGACGCUCUAAUUGCUGUGUCGGAGCAUUUCCUGUCUACCUACGACAUUGACUGCACAGCAGGGGUGAAGGGCGAAGUGGUUCAGUGCAUGGGCUCCUUCCAGGACGGAGUGGCCGAGAAAUGUGUGGACUAUUUCCAGAGGUUCCGCCGCUCCACCCAUGUCACACCCAAGUCCUACCUCUCCUUCAUUCAGGGCUACAAAAUCAUUUACAAAGAGAAACAUGUAGAGGUGCAGACCUUAGCCAUCAGAAUGAACACAGGUUUGGAGAAGUUGAAGGAGGCUUCCGAAUCUGUGGCAGGCCUCAGCAAGGAACUGGAGGUCAAGGAGAAGGAGCUGCAAGUCGCCAAUGAGAAGGCAGACAUGGUGUUAAAAGAAGUGACGGUGAAGGCCCAAGCUGCUGAAAAGGUGAAGAUUGAAGUGCAGAAGGUAAAAGACAAGGCCCAGGCAAUUGUGGAUAGCAUCUCCGCUGACAAAGCCAUUGCACAAGAGAAACUGGAGGCAGCCAAGCCAGCACUGGAGGAGGCAGAGGCUGCUUUGAAGACCAUCAAGCCAUCAGAUAUUGCAACGGUGCGCACCCUGGGCCGGCCCCCGCACCUCAUCAUGCGGAUCAUGGACUGUGUGCUGCUGCUCUUCCAGAGGAGGGUGAACACUGUGAAAGCCGACCCAGAGAGGAGCUGCACCACCCCAUCCUGGCAGGAGUCUCUCAAACUGAUGACUGCAGGCAACUUCUUGGGCAGCCUUCAGCAAUUCCCGAAAGACACCAUCAAUGAAGAAGUAGUGGAGCUGCUUCAGCCUUACUUUGAGAUGGCAGACUACAACAUUGAAACAGCCAAAAGAGUGUGCGGGAACGUGGCUGGUCUGUGCUCCUGGACUAAAGCUAUGGCUUCCUUCUUCUCUAUUAACAAAGAGGUGCUGCCAUUAAAGGCCAAUUUAGCAGUCCAGCAAAACCGACUUACCAUGGCUAAUGCCGAUCUGCAGAAAGCACAAGCAGAGUUGGAUGCCAAACAGGCUGAGCUGGAUGUUGUGCAGUCAGAGUAUGAGAAAGCAAUGAUGGAAAAACAGACCUUGAUGGAGGAUGCAGAGCGCUGUAGACACAAGAUGCAGACAGCUUCCAGUCUGAUCAGUGGUCUCGCUGGAGAGAAAGAGAGAUGGACGGAGCAGAGCAAAGAGUUUGCAGCACAAACCAAGAGGCUUGUUGGGGAUGUUUUGCUGGCUACUGCCUUUUUGUCAUAUUCUGGCCCCUUCAAUCAAGAGUUUCGUAACCUUCUUUUGACUGACUGGCAGAAAGAAAUGAAGACACGUAAGAUUCCCUUCGGAAACAACCUCAAUCUCACAGAAAUGUUGAUUGACGCACCAACUGUCAGUGAAUGGAACCUCCAGGGAUUACCCAAUGAUGAUCUGUCCAUACAAAAUGGAAUCAUUGUCGCUAAGGCAGCUCGUUUCCCCUUGCUGAUAGACCCACAAACGCAGGGCAAGAUCUGGAUCAAAAACAAGGAAGCCAAAAAUGAACUUCAGAUUACCUCCCUGAAUCACAAAUACUUUAGGAAUCACCUGGAGGACAGCUUAUCUUUGGGGCGACCACUUCUAAUAGAAGAUGUGGGGGAGGAGCUGGACCCAGCUCUGGACAAUGUUCUAGAGAAAAACUUCAUCAAAACAGGAUCCACCUACAAGGUAAAAGUUGGUGAUAAGGAAGUGGACGUAAUGAACGGAUUUAGAUUGUACGUCACCACCAAGCUACCCAACCCUGCGUACACCCCCGAGAUCAGUGCUCGCACUGCCAUCAUUGACUUCACUGUCACCAUCAAAGGUCUGGAGGAUCAGUUACUGGGAAGAGUAAUCCUCACUGAAAAGCAGGAGUUGGAGAAAGAGAGAACAGACCUAAUGGAGGAUGUGACCGCAAACAAGCGAAAGAUGAAGGAGCUAGAGGAUAAUUUGCUGUACCGGUUGACUAGCACCCAGGGGUCUCUAGUUGAUGAUGAGAGUCUCAUCAUAGUGCUGGGCAACACCAAGAGAACUUCCGAAGAGGUCACUCAGAAACUGCAGAUUGCAGCUGAAACCGAGAUACAGAUCAAUGCAGCCCGGGAGGAGUACAGACCAGUUGCAACCAGAGGCAGUAUCCUGUAUUUCCUUAUCACAGAGAUGAGCAUGGUCAAUGUUAUGUACCAGACUUCCCUACGCCAGUUCCUGAGACUCUUUGACAUCUCCUUGGCCAGGUCUAUUAAGAGCCCAAUUACCAGCAAGAGGAUUGCUAACAUCAUUGAGUACAUGACCUUUGAAGUGCAUAACUAUGCUGCACGGGGCCUGUAUGAAGAACACAAAUUUCUGUUCACCCUCCUCCUGACACUCAAGAUUGACAUGCAGAGCAAAAGAGUGAAACAUGAGGAAUUUCUCACACUUAUUAAAGGGGGUGCUUCCUUGGAUCUUAAGGCUUGUCCUCCAAAAGCAUCCAAGUGGAUUCUUGACAUGACUUGGCUGAAUCUAGUGGAGCUCAGUAAACUCAGACAGUUCUCUGACAUUCUUGAUCAAAUCAGCAGGAACGAUAAGCAGUGGAAGAACUGGUUUGAUAAAGAGGCCCCUGAAGAGGAAGUCAUCCCUAAUGCUUAUGAUCGGGCUCUGGAUUGCUUCAGGCGUCUUCUCCUCAUCAGGUCAUGGUGUCCUGACAGAACAAUUGCUCAGGCCCGCAAAUACAUCAUGGACUCCAUGGGAGAAAAGUAUACAGAGGGUGUGAUUCUGGAUCUAGAGAAGACCUGGGAGGAAUCCGACCCACGCACGCCUCUGAUAUGUUUCCUGUCCAUGGGAUCGGAUCCCACGGACUCUAUCAUUGCUUUGGGAAAGAGGCUGAAGAUAGAAACACGCUAUGUAUCAAUGGGCCAAGGACAAGAGGUCCAUGCUCGGAAACUUCUACAGCAGACCAUGGCCCACGGAGGAUGGGCCUUGUUACAGAACUGCCACUUAGGGCUUGAUUUCUUGGAUGAGUUGAUGGACACUGUCACAGAAACAGAAACUGUGCAUGAGACAUUCCGGUUAUGGUUGACCACAGAGGUCCACAAGCAGUUCCCAAUUACCUUAUUGCAGAUGUCAAUCAAAUUCACUAAUGAGCCUCCUCAAGGGCUCAAGGCUGGUCUCAAGAGAACUUAUGGAGGCAUCAGCCAGGACCUAUUGGAUGUCAGCAACAUGACUCAGUGGAAGCCAAUGCUCUAUGGAGUAGCCUUCCUUCAUUCCACCGUGCAGGAGAGGCGCAAGUUUGGACCUCUGGGGUGGAACAUCCCAUAUGAGUUCAAUCAGGCAGAUUUUAAUGCAACUGUGCAAUUCAUACAGAACCACUUAGAUGACUUGGACAUAAAGAAGGGUGUCUCUUGGACUACAGUUCGCUAUAUGAUAGGGGAGAUUCAGUAUGGUGGCAGGGUGACUGAUGACUAUGACAAACGUCUGCUGAACACAUUUGCUAAAGUCUGGUUUAGUGAAAAUAUGUUUGGACCGGAUUUCUUUUUCUACAAGGGCUACAAUGUCCCCAAGUGCACAAAUAUGGAUCAGUACCUUCAAUAUAUACAGGGUCUACCUGCAUAUGACACUCCUGAGGUGUUUGGACUUCACCCCAAUGCUGACAUUACGUACCAGAGCAAGCUGGCUAAAGAUGUGCUUGACACCAUCCUCAGCAUCCAGCCCAAAGACAGCUCAAGUGGUGGUGGGGAGACCAGGGAAGCCAUUGUAGGAAAACUGGCAGAUGACAUGUUGGAAAAACUUCCUCCUGACUACAUCCCCUUUGAGGUUAAGGAGAGACUUCAAAAGAUGGGCCCCUUGCAGCCCAUGAACAUCUUCCUGCGGCAGGAGAUUGACAGGAUGCAGAGGGUCAUCAUCCUUGUGAGGACUACUCUGACCGACCUCAAACUCGCCAUUGAUGGAACCAUCAUCAUGAGCGAGAACCUGCGAGACGCCUUGGACUGCAUGUAUGAUGCCAGGAUCCCUGCACGCUGGAAAAAGGCCUCCUGGGAGUCAAGUACUUUGGGAUUCUGGUUCACUGAACUGCUGGAAAGAAACCGCCAGUUCCAUUCCUGGAUCUUUGAGGGAAGACCCAACUGCUUCUGGAUGACAGGGUUUUUCAACCCCCAGGGCUUCCUGACAGCAAUGAGACAGGAAAUUACCCGUGCUAACAAAGGCUGGGCUCUGGAUAGUGUGGGGCUCUGCAAUGAGGUCACUAAGUGGAUGAAGGAUGACAUCACCCAGCCUCCUUCUGAAGGGGUCUAUGUGUAUGGCCUGUACUUGGAGGGAGCAGGUUGGGACAGGAGGAACUGCAAACUGAUUGAUUCCAAACCCAAAGUGCUGUUUGAGAUGAUGCCAGUCAUCAGAAUCUAUGCUGAAAACAACAGUACAAGGGAUGUACGCCUGUAUUCAUGUCCAAUUUAUAAGAAGCCUGUGCGAACAGACCUGAACUACAUUGCUGCUGUAGACCUGAGAACGGUACAGCCACCUGAGCACUGGAUCCUGCGGGGGGCAGCACUUCUCUGUGAUGUCAAAUAAAUAUAACCAAGCCUUUUCUCAUGUCUCAGUUGAAUUAACAUUUGCAGUUGUUUGGGAUCAGUGGCAAAUGUCAAAUCUACCUCUUGCUGACAGUGAGGGGCGAAAAAUAAAAUACUACAGUUUAUUUUUUUACUACUACCACUACUAAUCAUGCAUCUACUUUUUUGUGGUACUUUUGUUGAAUGUGCUGAUGUGUGUUUUAUAUAUGCUUCUAUAUGAUUGCCUCUGAUAUUCUGUUUGUAUACUUUAUGUACUGUAAUUAAACACUUUUUGAAUCCACUCAUUUGGGAGUUCU